UUUUUCCCCCUCUCUCCUCCCAAACAAGAUUUCUUCGUCUCCUCCGUCUGUCUCCUCGCCCAGAUCCGUCAAUCGCCAUGGCGUCCCCGCCCCACCCCCUCCUCUUCCUCAUGCUCCUCGCCGCGGCGUUCGCCGCCUCCUUCGCCUCCGCCGGCGCCGGUGACCUGGUGGCCGAGUUGCAAUCCCUCCGCUCCCGCUCCCCGUCGGGCGUGAUCCACCUGACCGACACAUCCGUCACCCGCUUCCUCUCCGCCCCGGCGCCGCGCCCCUACUCCGUGCUCGUCUUCUUCGACGCCGCCUCGCUCCACUCCAAGACCGACCUCCACCUCCCCCAGCUCCGCCGCGAGUUCGCCCUUCUCUCCGCCUCGUUCCUCGCCCACAACCCCGCCUCCGCCGACCUCUUCUUCGCCGACAUCGAGUUCUCCGAGUCGCAGCACUCCUUCGCGCAGUUCGGCGUCAACUCCCUCCCCCACGUCCGCCUCGUCCGCCCCGAGCACGGCCGCCUCGCCGGCUCCGAGCAGAUGGACCAGUCCCACUUCUCCCGCCUCGCGGACUCCAUGGCCGAGUUCGUCGAGUCCCGCACCGGCCUAGAGGUCGGCCCCAUCGUCCGCCCGCCCCUCGUCUCCCGCAACCAGACGAUAGUUCUUGUCAUCUUCUUCUUGGUCUCAAUCCCGUUCCUCAUCAAGAGGAUCAUGGAAGGGGAAACCGUGUUCCAUGACCGGCGGGUUUGGAUGGCCGGGGCGCUCUUCAUUUACUUCUUCAGCGUCUCCGGGGGAAUGUACGGGAUCAUCAGGCACACGCCGAUGUUCAUCACCGACAGAUCAGAUCCAAACAAGCUCGUGUUCUUCUACCAGGGUUCUGGGAUGCAGCUUGGAGCGGAGGGCUUUGCGGUUGGGUUCUUGUACACUCUCGUCGGGCUCAUGAUCGCUAUGGUGACACACUUGCUGGUGAGGGCGGAGAACCUGCAGAUCCAGCGCUUUACGAUGCUGGCAGUCAUGGCAAUUGGGUGGUGGGCAGUGAAGAAGGUGAUUCUUUUGGAUAACUGGAAGACUGGGUAUAGCAUUCAUACAUUCUGGCCCAGCAGCUGGAGGUAAAUUCAGGUUCAGCAGGAGAUGAUAAGGAUGUUUUCUUCCUUCGGUUCUGAGGUUAUGGAGUUACCCAACUUGACCAUGCUGGGAUAAGAGCAUAUUUUGGAUUGUGGCAUCUUACCAAAUUUAAUUUUGCAAAUGUCUGAUUCUGUAGUAUGAAAUAUGUAGAUCUCAAGUCAUGUUAGUUAUUCAGAGGAAUUAUUGCACAUCUAUCACUUGAACAAGAAAGUUUGGCUUUUGAAUUGUUGGUAUGGUACCUUUGAAUGAUAAGUCGUUAAUAUUGGGUGCAUUGUCAUUUUCGAGAAUUGCUUAAUACAUGGAAAGCAUUAGAUUGAAGGGGC